CUCAGUUUGUGUGUUCUUCUAGCUGUUUGGCACUACUUUGAUGUUUCUGGGCACGAUCCCAAAGAGCCACCUAUUGUGAAGCCGUCUUUACCACUGAUUGGCCAUUUUGUAGGGUUUUAUAGACAUGGGGUCAGUUAUAUGGAUCGUAUGAGGCAUCAUACAUCCUGGCCCGCAUACACACUCAGUGUAAUGGGUCACAAGACUUACGUCGUAACAACGCCGGGAUUAUCCCACGCCGCUCUAAAGUCCAAAUCAAUGUCAAUGGAUCCCCUAAUCGCAUAUGUAGCCCCCAAAAUGCUUGGUCUAAGCAAAGAUUCAGGCCACCAUUUUGGAAUUGACCACACGGGCUUUUACACUGGCUCCCCAGCUUUGAGAGAACGGCGUGAGGAGUUCAGUCACGCGCUCGCCCCUGGCCCCGAUGUUAACUUUCCAGGCCAAAUCUUCUCAGAUGUAGUUGCCGAAGCUGUCAACGCAUUUGGCACUGACUGGACUGCAAGAGACUUAUACCUGUGGCUACGGGAUGUCAUUACACUAGGCACAGUCAAUGGGCUGUAUGGACUAAAAAGCCCAGCGGCUCUUGACAAAAGCAUUAUUCAAGAUAUCUGGACAUUUGAUGAGAACCAACUACGACUCAGCUGGGGCGUCCUUCCCAAUCUCAUCGCACCCACCGGCGUCCGUACCCUCGGCAAAAUCUCCCAGGCGUUUCAAAAAUUCGUUCAAAGUGGAGAUGACUAUUUUGCUAGUUCUGCUGUAAAGCUUGGUAUCGCUACAGCCCGUAAGAUGGAUGUUAGUAUCGAGGACUACUCUCGUAUCGAAGUGUUCAAUGUCUCCGUUGCUACGGUUAACACCGUGCCCACGGCCGUUGCCAUGAUACAAAACAUCCUUGCAAACUCGAAUCUGUUGCAAGCCCUACGUAAAGAGCUUGAAACUGUCUUGAUUAUCAAAGAAACUCCCCACGGCCGCCAAGCAGAGCUCAAUAUUGGGAGUGCUGAGACUGAGUGCCCAUUACUUCACGCUUGCUACCAGGAGGCUCUCCGUAUUGGUUCCACACCGACGUGUAAUCGAGCGGUCCUCGAAGACGUGGUGCUCACAGACCCGGACACUGGACGUGAAAUUUUAUUCAAGAAAGGUUGGAGGGUGUCCAUACCCACAUUCCUCCUUCACAACCGGGAUACGUUUUGGGGCGGUGACGCCGUAUCUUUUGGACCAGAAAAGUUCCUGCCUGGCGGUAUUGCUACAGAUGGUAAAGGAAAGGUGAAGACUCAGGGAUUCGUACCAUACGGUGGUGGUGCUCACUUGUGUCCUGGUCGCCAUCUUGCUAAGAUGGAGAUUCUUGCUUCUGGCGCAUUAGUUAUAAUGGCUCUGGAUUUUGAAGCAGAACGCGGAUUUGUGACGCAGAAUUAUGCAUUAAAUGUAGGAGCAAAGAAGCCACUUGGGUUAGAUAAUGUCCGGAUAAGGCGGCGUACGGAGUGGGAGGAUAUAGAAUGG